CUUAAAUAUGGAGUCCGUCCAGAACUUGCUUCCUUAUAUCAUCCCGGCCUUGGCUGCUGUAGGAUCUGCCUACUUCUUUAUCAACAGAAAGCAGGCUGUCCUUCAUCCCAAGGAUUACAAAAACUUUAAGUUGAUUGAGAAGAUUACUCUUUCUCAUAACACUGCCUUGUACCGCUUUGGUUUGCCUUCAAAGGAUGCUAUUCUUGGUCUUCCUAUUGGACAGCAUAUUUCUGUUAUGGCCGAGAUCAACGGAAAGCAGAUUUCUCGCAGCUACACUCCCACUAGCUCAGAUGAUGAUGUUGGUCAUUUUGACUUGCUUAUCAAGUCUUAUCCUACUGGAAACAUUUCCAAGCUCUUUGGUGAGUUGACUGUUGGAGACUCUGUAGCCGUCCGUGGUCCCAAGGGUAACUUUUCAUACACCCCCAACAUGGUCAAGGCCUUUGGAAUGAUUGCAGGCGGUACUGGUAUUACUCCUAUGCUUCAGAUCAUUCGUGCUAUCUGCAAGAACCCUGCUGACAAGACAAAGGUCAGCUUGAUCUUUGCUAAUGUUAACGAAGAAGAUAUUCUGUUGAAGAAGGAUUUGGACGAGCUGGCUGCCAAGCACGACAACCUCAGUGUCUACUAUGUUUUGAACACACCUCCUGCAGGAUGGACUGGUGGUGUCGGAUUUGUAACACCAGAGAUGAUCAGUGCCCAGUGCCCCGCCCCAGCAGACGAUGUCAAGAUCCUUUUGUGCGGUCCUCCUCCUAUGAUCUCUGCCAUGACAAAGGCUACUACUGAGCUUGGUUAUGAGAAGCCUCGUGCUGUCAGCAAGCUUGAGGAUCAGGUCUUUAAGUUUUAAAUAUAUAUAUAUUUUGAGAGAGAAUUAGUACAAGUAUUAUGAUUGCUGGUAUAUAUAUUGUUAAUUGAAUAAAAUGCAUACAUACAUAAUUACAUAAUUACAU